UCGUCCAGGUUUCCUUCAAACCUGGAGUCAGUCUCAUCCUCCUCUGUGGUCGCCAUGGAAACCAGCAUCCCUGCUUUCAUGGGUUCUGGGACUUUGUCCUUCAGCUUCACCGUUUUAAAGAGUUUGUGGUCAAACGUGGAGAAAGCGGCAGCUGUCCGUGGGCCUGUGGUGGAGUGGACGGCCUCUUUGUGUCCUCUGCAUUCCUCACGUGGACGCGCGGGAAAACGCCUGGCUCAGUGUUUUCCUUUGACUCUGAAAUGCUUACGGGCAGGCCGGUGGGGGGGCGGCAGCCUUUCCAGGCCCUGCGAUGACCCCCCCGGCUUUGGCACAGAGCAACUGUGAUGACGAGGGGCUUUUCAUUGUGAAGGGAGCCCCCACGUCUGGUCUUUGCCAGAGUAUAAAAGCCCGCGCGGAGCGCUGACGGGACCAGCACGAGCCAGCCUCCUCACCGCACUGCAAGCUGUACCGACGCAGACUCUCCUGAAGCCCCUCACCAUGUCCCAGACCGCCAAGUCCGCCUCCAGCCAGGGCACCGACGCCAAGGACAAGGGGGCCCCCGCUCCAGCCGCCACCAGCAAGGCCACCAAGACCGGAGACCCCGGCAUGGGAUCCUACAGAAUCAUGCUGUUCGACCAGGAGAACUUCCAGGGCCGCAUGAUGGAGGUGCAGAACGAGUGCAUGAACGUGUGUGACCGCGGCAUGGACAGAGUGCGCAGUCUCAUCGUGGAGUGCGGCCCCUUUGUCGCCUUCGAGCAGACUAACUUCCGUGGGGAGAUGUUCAUCCUGGAGAAGGGAGAGUAUCCUCGCUGGGACACCUGGAGCAACUCCUACCGCAGCGACUGCCUCAUGUCCCUCAGGCCCAUCCGCAUGGACAGCAUGGAGCACAAGAUCUGCCUGUUCGAGCACUCCGACUUCAAGGGCAACAAGAUGGAGAUCCAGGAGGAUGACGUGCCCACCCUGUGGGCGCACGGCUUCUGCGACAGAGUGGGCAGCGUGAGGGUGCCAGGAGGAGCGUGGGUGGGUUACCAGUACCCUGGUUACAGAGGUUACCAGUACCUGUUCGAGUGCGGCGACUACAGGCACUACAACGACUUCUGCGCCUUCCAGCCCCAGAUCCAGUCCAUGCGCCGCAUCAGGGACAUGCAGUUCCACCAGAGAGGCUGCUUCACCUUCACCACCGCCAGCAAGUGAUCGCCCCCUGCUGGACGCCCGCUGCCGACGCAGCCCUCUCAGCUUCUUUUUAUCUCUCCAAAUGACCCCUUCCCCACUUCCUCCUGGAACCCCUCCAUCACUGCUCCAUCCCAGAGGAAAGACAACAUGAGAGCAAACACUGGACAACUUUAAGUGACUUUUUAUGGUGCUAAAAAUAAACAUGUUGUGAAAAACCUGAA